AAGGAGGAGGGGAGGGUGGCACCGGAGGAAGGGAGGGGGCGCGCAGAGCAUCAAACGAGCCUGGGAUCUCCUCCCCCCCUGCAAAAAAUAAAUCCAAAAAAUAAUCAGGGCGCUACUGCAGUAGGCAGCUGCUGACCCACCUUGCGGGCACGGAAGGGUUAACCCGAGCCCUGAGGUCAAGUUUCCCAAGUGGGCGGGGCUUAGCAGGCUCCCUCCCUCUUCUGCCUUGUAGGAAGAAGGAGGCAAAGAAGCAGAACCAGGGAAUGAAAUCUCUCCGAAGGGAGAUCAUUCUCCUGCCCAGUUCCUUUCUAAGUCCUUUUUCCUUCUUCGCUCUUUUUUUUUUACUGCCUUGUUCGCUGUAGCUCCUGGAACUCUUGUCCCAGCCGGGGUCACCCUUCACUCCUAGCAAAGCAUCUUUCCCUUAGGCGUGUGCAAGAGGGGGGCUUGCAAACUUUGCCGAACAUCGACACCCUCCCCUCCAACGCCAAUCAAAUUCCGGCAGCCUUUGGUUUGGGAACAAAAUUCUCCGCAGAGCAAGGAAAUCCUUGGAUUCCUUCAGGGAACUUUGGGAGAUGGAAAAGCCAGACUCAGCAGCUCCCUGGGGAGGAAAGGACCCCGACGUCCCCCAGACUGGGAGCACUGGGGAGGUCUGGGAAAGGAACGUGCAGCAGAUCCUGGGCGAGGGCAAUGCCAGCUCAGACGUCCAGCGCCAACACUUCCGGGCGUUUUGCUACCAGGAGGCCGAGGGCCCCCGCGAGGUCUGCAGCCGCCUCCACCACCUCUACCGCCAGUGGCUGAAGCCAGAAAAGCACUCGAAGGCCCAGAUGCUGGACCUGGUGGUUCUGGAGCAGUUCCUGACUAUCCUUCCCCCGGAGAUGGAGAGCUGGGUCAGGGAGUGCGGAGCGGAGACCAGCUCCCAGGCGGUGGCCCUGGCAGAAGGCUUCCUCCUGAGCCAGACAGAAGAGAAGAGGCAGGAAGAAAAGGAGCAGAUCCAGAGGCUGAAAAAUGGAGGCCUUCCAUUUUACGACACAGAGAAGGUCCCGCCGGCCACCAGGAGGAGGCAGCUGUUCUGGAGAGCCAUUCCGGAGGGCAGUGGAACGGAUGCUUCCCCUUCGCUGAAUAAGACAACAAAAGAUAGUAAUAAUACGAAUCAGUUUAAUUUAUGCAGCCAAACUCCUCUGCCAGAUCAUCCCAGCCUUUCCUUACUGUGUGACAAAGAAGAGAUGGUGUUCGUUCAGUUGCCUGGUCAGGGCCCACUGACCUUCGAGGAGGUGGCUGUGUUUUUCACGGAGGAGGAGUGGGCUCUGUUGGAUCCUGGCCAAAGAGCCCUGCAGUGGGAGGUCACGAUGGAGAAUUAUGGGAACUUGGUCUCUCUGGGUAAUAGGCAGAAUAAUAAGAAUAUUAGUGAGACAUCCAUGGCGACAUCAGAGAAUGAAGCAUGGAAAGAGAUAUUUGCUAAUCAAGAAGCACCCCAAAAGUCAAUGAAUGGGGAAGAGAAAUCCACCACAACUCAGGACAUUGAUGUCCAUGUACUCCUGAAUUCGCAAGAUCUCAAAGGAAACAGGAGGAAGACAUGUCCAGUGCGUGGUGAACCAUAUAAGUAUCAAUCACAAUCUAGUAUAUGUUACAGCAUCCACACAGAGGAGAAAGCAUAUAAAUGUUUAGAAUGUGGAAAGAGCUUCAGUCGUGGUGGGGAUCUAAAUGUGCACCAAAGAACUCACACAGGGGAGAAACCAUUUACAUGCAUGGAGUGUGGAAAGAGCUUCAGUCGACGUGACCAUCUUACUUUACAUCAGAGAACCCACACAGGGGAGAAACCGUUUAAAUGUAUGGUAUGUGAAAAGAGUUUCAAACAUGGUAAAAGCCUUACUGCACAUCAAAGAACACACACAUGGGAUAAAUUGUUUAUAUGCAUUGAAUGUGGGAAAAGAUUCCAUGAGAGUAGUGACCUUACUGAGCACCAGAGGACCCACACAGGAGUGAAACCUUACAAAUGUAUGGAGUGCGGAAAAAGCUUUAGCCAGAGUGGAGGCCUUGCUGCACAUCAAAGAACCCACAAGUGGGCAAAACCGUUUAAAUGCAUGGAGUGUGGCAAGAGCUUCCAUAGGAACUGUGACCUUACUGUGCAUCAGAGAACCCACACAGGAGUGAAACCUCACAAGUGCAUGGAGUGUGGAAAGAGCUUUUGCCAGAGUGGAGGCCUCACUGCACAUCAAAGAACCCACACAGGGGAAAAACCCUUUAAAUGUUUGGAGUGUGGAAAGAGCUUUAGUCGCAAUUACCACCUUACUUUACACAAAAGAACCCACACCAAGGAGAAACCAUAUCAAUGUACAGGGUGUGGAGAAAGCUUUAGUGGGAGUGAUGGCCUGACUGUGCAUCUGGGAACCCACGCUGUGGAUAAACCCUCUAAGUGAAUGUGAAAAAAGCUGUAGUGGGAGCACUAAAUCACUUUAUUACAGUCCAAAGACCCUCAAAAUCAAUUUUGAAAACAAAAUAUAGCAGAGAUACAGGAAAAACAUUUCUGGGCAACCCUGUUUAGGGAAGCUUUUGAUGUUUGGUGCAUUACUGUAUUUUAAUAUUUUGUUGGAAGCCGCACAGAGUGGCUGGGGAAGCCCAGCCAGAUGGGCGGGGU